AUGCCGCUCAAUAACCACGGGCCAGCUGCCCCCGACGACGCCAGCAGCGCCUCUAGCAUCGUAAACAUCUCGGCGAACGUCACGAUGGCCAGCUUCUUGUUCAGCACCUCGUGCAGUGAUUACGUCCGCGCGGCACGCCAGCAACCGAUUUUCAGAGGGGUAUAG